AUGCUAGAUCAUGGUGUGGAUGCGACGGUGGUCAGAUGGAUUGAUAAGAUGCUGUCAGAUAGAAUUCUUACGACGGAAUUUGGUGGAAUUACCGCUGGUGGUCUGGCGAAUAGAGGUUGCCCGCAGGGAGGAAUAUUGUCACCAAUGCUGUGGUGUCUGGCGGUUGACUCGCUUUUAGAGAAGCUAAGAUUGAAUGGAUUUCAAGUUUGGGGAUACGCGGAUGAUAUCGCAGUAGUGGCAGUGCAUGAGGAUGGAAGAGCGGCUAAACGAUUGAUAAACUCUGCGUUAAGAUUAAUGGAAGACUGGUGUUCGGAGACGAAUCUAUCGGUAAAUCCAACUAAGACGGAGUUACUGGUGGUGACGCGGAAGAAAAAGAGACUGAAUGUUCAGGGAAUCAAAUUGAAUGGUGUCCAAUUGACGAAAUCGGAUCAGGUGAAGUAUUUAGGAGUAACUUUUUCUAGCAAUCUCUCUUGGAGAGUACAGGUUGAGAGAACGGUCAACAGAGCGAGAAAGAAUUUGGCCACUAUUAGCAGAAUGGUUGGGAGUACGUGGGGGCUUACGCCGGCUGCGGCACACUGGGUUUAUAGUUGUAUAAUCUUGCCACGUUUGUUCUUUGGUGCUGUGAUUUGGUGGGAAGGUGUGCAGAAUCUUAAAAUAGGAAAUAAAUUGGAGAGUUUACAGCAUGUAGGACUGAAGAGGAUUUUAGGAGCGUUUCGAUACUCUCCAACAAGAGCGAUGGAGGCAAUGCUGGCGAUGCCGCCGCUCUUAUUUCGUAUAGAAGAAGUGGCGAUCCGAACGGCGAAACUUCUACGAGAUUGGGGUAAAUGGCAGUCGACGGAUAGAGGUCAUUCUUCUGUGCUAUUGAAAUGUAUACCUGAAACAGAGAGAAAUUUGUUAAUGACUUUGGAUUCUGCGACGGACAAGAUUAGUCUGACGUUUCGAUUUGGAAGAAGAUUUCGAACGAUGAUUCCUGGGAGGGAUGAAUGGAAGAAUGGUAGGUUGGAAAGGUUUACAGGAUGGAAUGAAUGGUUUACAGACGGCAGUAAGGACGAGGAGAGUGUUACUGGAUGUGCAUGGGUUUCGGGGUUGUCAGGUGAGAACGGAUCGGAAUAUUUAGGGAAAUUUGCUACGGUUUACCAGGCGGAAGUUGUGGCUGUAUUGAGGUGUGCGGAAGGUUUGAUUAACAGAGGGAUCAGAGGUGAGAAUAUAAUUAUUUUUACUGACAGUGAGUCGACGGUAAAAACUAUGGAAAGAUCCAGUUUUAAGUCAGCAAUUGCAUUAGAAUGUUGUGACACUUUGAAUAAAUUAGCUUUGGUUAAUAGGAAGGUGAUUCUGAGUUGGUGUCCUGGACAUAGGGGAGUUGCUGGAAACGAGGAAGCUGACAGGCUUGCGAAAUUAGUGGUGAAGGAAGGAAGACCGGGAGUGGAGCCGUGGUUACCAGUAUCGUAUGCGGGAUUCAAAUCGGAAUUAAAGAGAUUCUCGCUCUCUCGAUUGAUUAAUAGAUGGUCUGGCACGACGAAUUGCAGGCAAGGAAAGGAGAUGAUCGGAGAAAUUAACGUGGGUAAGGCUAAGAUGAUUUUAAGGAUGAAUAGAGCUGAUGUGCGAAUUUUAACAUAUGUUUUAACGGGGCAUGCUCCGCUGAGAUAUCACUUAUUUAGGAUGGGAGUUCGGGAUAGUGGACACUGUUCCUGCAACUCGGGGAAAUCUGGAAUAGAAUGGAAGGAUUGUAAGGAAAAAGGUUUGGUUAUAGAGGUGGAAGAGAAGGUGUUGUAA